AUGGCCUCAACGCCAGAUAGCGAGUUUGACGUGAAUGUCGACUCCCCUCUAGAAUCUCCCCCUCCUCCAGACUCGCCCUCCGGUCAUCCCACUUCGCUCCCGUCAACCUCAUCGUCUACUCUCAAGCUGCCGAACGGUCUCGCUGCUCCCUCGUCACUAGAAGCACCGCGUCUCGCACCUCGCUCCCACUCCAUCUCCGCUGGCAUGACGCCCUCUUCCACGCCUCUGGGCACGCUCAACGCUGCCCGCCGCCCAGGACCUACAUCGACGAUAUCGAGUAGAGGCAGUGGCUUGAACGUUAAUGCGGACAUCAUGGCGAGGAUACAGGCGGUGCAUCUGGGAAGACAAGGUGCUCCGUCUCCACGGAUACAGCCACCUGGACGGCAGCCAAGCGGCCCCGGCCAAAUUCCCGCGUCUCCUGGAGGAGCCAUGGCAGGCGGCGUUCCCGCGCACUUCAAGAUGCCAACUACUGCUGGAAAACCUCAGUUACAAAACUUCCAGUCUGCACCGGCAGUGCCGAACUUACGACUUGGAGGGAACAAGCCCUCACUGGCUGAGAAGCGCGGCAUGGCACUUCCAGGCGGUCUGCCAGGCGCAGCACCGAACGGGCCACCGGCACCCGCCGGCAGGAAGAGGCCCGGCCUGAAGCUCUCCCAGAUCAACGGCGGAGGUGACGCGCCGGAGCCCGGUGCACCGGAGCAGCCGCCUGCGAAGCCGCAAACGAUGAUGGACAAGUACGCCGAUUUCUUGGAUCCGAAGACGGGCAGUUUGCGGUUCAAGGGCAAGGCGACGCUUAACUCGACCGGUGUCAACUUCGAGAGCGGCAAAAGCUUCAGCAUAUCUCUAGAUGAAGUGGACACGUUGGAUGAGCUGGGUAAGGGCAACUACGGGACGGUCUACAAGGUCCGGCACAGCAGGCCGAAGAUACGGAUGCCAGGCCAAGGUCUGGCAGGCAACAAAGCCCAGCCUGGGAUGGCGCCCACCUCUCCAACACGAGCCUCGCACGAGGACUCGAGUCCCGCAUCCGCCAAGUCCAGCGGCGGCACCACGGGCGCGGUAAUGGCGAUGAAAGAGAUCCGCCUCGAGCUCGACGACGCCAAGUUCGCCGCCAUCAUCAUGGAGCUCGACAUCCUGCACCGCUGCGUGUCGCCGUACAUCAUCGACUUCUACGGUGCCUUCUUCCAAGAAGGCGCCGUCUACAUCUGCAUCGAGUUCAUGGACGGCGGCUCCAUUGACAAGCUAUACGGCGACGGCAUCCCCGAGUCCGUGCUGCGCAAGAUCACGCUGGCCACGACCAUGGGGCUCAAGUCCCUCAAAGACGAACACAACAUCAUCCACCGCGAUGUCAAGCCAACCAACAUCCUCAUGAACACACGCGGCCAGGUCAAGAUCUGUGACUUCGGCGUCAGCGGGAACCUGGUCGCUAGUAUCGCCAAGACGAACAUCGGGUGCCAGAGCUACAUGGCACCCGAGCGCAUCUCAAGUGGCGGCAUUGCGCAAGCAGGCGCAAAUCCGGGGGGUGGGACUUAUAGCGUCCAGAGCGAUAUUUGGAGCUUGGGCCUUACUAUUAUCGAGUGCGCGAUGGGGCGGUAUCCGUAUCCGCCGGAGACGUAUAAUAACAUUUUCAGCCAGCUGAGCGCAAUCGUCGACGGCGAACCCCCCGACCUCCCCCCCGAAGGCUUCUCCGACGCCUCCCGCAACUUCGUCGCAGGCUGUCUGAACAAGAUCCCGCACCUGCGGCCCACGUACGCCAUGCUGCUUCAACACGCGUGGCUGGCCCCACUGCUAAAGCCCCAAACCAUCGCCGAAGAGGACGAAGAGGACGAAGAGGAUGCCGAGAACGGUGUUGCGGACUUGAACAAGGAGGAGGAGAAGGAGGCAGGCGUCGUGGACAAGGAGGUCGCGGACUGGGUGAAAGGGGCGAUUGAGAGGCGACGGGCGGGGAAGAUGGGGAAGAAGGAGAAGCCGGCGUUGCAUGCCGCGCCGUUGGAUGCGGUUGUGAGUCCUGGGGUCGGAUGA